AAUUUUACUGUAACAGUUUCAGAAUAGUUAUUACGGCUUGUUUCUUCAGUGCAUUUGUAUCUAUGUAAUUAAUUAAUGGUCACUGGGGUCAUAUUGAUUUUACUGUGCAACAGUUUCAGAAUAGUUUUGAACAUAAACAUGAUUCUGUUGUGUUCUGUAUAAAUUAUCAGUCGCCUGAAACUCUGACGUAUCCGGCCCCAAAACCUAGAUCUACGCUCCGGCCGUCCAAUAUAUAGCCAAUAUAUAGCAUGCUACAAGACGCAUAUAAUUUCAAUUUAGAAGAGCACUGUUGUAAUCUAUUCUCAAAUGUCCUCUAUUUUUUUUCUGUAUUUCAUGGGUCUUUCUUCCUUCUAUUCUUCAUAAUGCUUAAAGUUUUAUUAUGUCCAUGCAACAUUUCUGAGCCAUUAAUUACUUACUUUAAAUUUUAAAAUUUGAUUCAGGGUAAAGCUAAAAGUUAAAAAAUCAGACUAAGCCAACGGAUUAGGAUAUAUAUAGGAUAGACUUGUUUCUUACUCGGUACGGUAGGAAAACCAUUCUGUUAAUAUGAUAUGGGCUACAAUUAUCAUUCAUAAACGCUAAAAGACAAUUAAUUUCUAGUAAUCAAUCAGGCGAUUUUUUUAAUUGUUUCCAUAUUGCACUUGAUGAUCCAAUAUGAACCAAAUAGUGAACGUGAAAUCUACUAUCUCAAUCCCAGAAUAUAAGAAUUUUUAAAGUUAGAUACAGUUAUUAAGAAAGUAGGAAUAUUUAAUAGAGGAAGGUUGACAUUUGUUGAAACCUGGAGAUAGGUAGGGAUAUUGAAUGUUGGAAGGUGUGAUUAGUUAGGAAGAGAAUGCUGAUGGAAAAAUUGUUUCGUUUUAAGAUAAAUUGUAAAGUGUACAAUUUGUUAUAUUUUGGGACGGAUGGAGUACAUUUUUUCGGAUAAUGUCAAGUUAUAGUUGUUCAAUUAAAAACAGUAUUAACGUGUUUAAUUAUAUAGUUAUAUACAUUUAAAUAUGUAUCAAGGCCCCCCUCAGUCGUAUAGAAAGAACAACCUAAUAUAGCUGUCACAGAUUUGCAGUAGAUUGCAAUUUGCAAGUGACAAUUUUGUUAUAUUGUUUGGCGAUGCUGAAUUUAGUGUGAACAAUAUAUCUGUACUUUUAUUUCCUCAGCUUGCUUUGUGGUCUUUUAAUUAAUUCAAUAAUUACACCGCUGGCAUAUGAACUUGCGAGGUGGGUGCGAUUUAGUACGUAAACAAGUAAAUCACUUAUUUUGAUGCAUAAACCUGUCUAGUGUGUACAAUCCAAACCCAAAAUAAUACAUCAUAACUAAUUUCACUAAGUUGAAUACUGAUUAGGAUUGUUAUAUAGGCUUUCAUGUCAAGAUGAGGUUACCUAAAUACACAUAUGUUCAAUCAAAUAUAUAAAAGUCAUGUUAAUUAUACAUAUUAAAGGUGAAUAUAUACAAAAUAAUAGAAGAAAUAAUUGUUACCCAUUUACAAACACGACAUUUGUCAUGCCCUUGAUCGUUUGUGCACGAAAUUAUAUAUCAGACUAACUCAACAUGAUUAGUCACAAAUAUAUCGAUUUGAACUAUUUCGCACUACAUACUAGACAAGUUUGCACAUCAUAAUAAGCAAUUUAAAAGUUUAUGUACUAAAAUACAGUCACUUCAUAAGUUUGUAUACCGGCGACACAAUUUAAUUACUCUCUAAUUAAUUUCUUCCUGCCGCGUAUGAACAGUGUUUUUUUUUUAGCUAUGCUACAUCGUCAUCAUGCAAACCUAAGUCUGCUAGUACGGCAGAUAUCCCUUAGUUUUUUGAAUGCUUGCAACACUGACUGUAAACAUUAUUCAGCAGAAGGCCAAGCAGAAAUUUGCAUUGAAACUCUGCUCACCAACUUGACGGCCUGCUGGGAGAGAAGCAGGACAGGGAGCAACCGACCCGAGUGUAAGAUUCCGUUAUUAUGCCCUCCGCAGAGGCCGGCUGCGGUGUGCAUCGGCCCCAACCACCACAAUCCCUUCUACCACCUGAUGGAGCAGGAGAAGAAGGUGAUGCUCUACGGCAUUCUGAUCCUGGUGGACGAGCAGCACAAGGCUGCCGUGCUGAGGAGAUUAGUGGAUGCGGUCACUGCCCUCGAAAGCGUUGCGAAGGAGCAUUAUUACAUGGAGCAGGUGCCUUGCGAUGCCAUGAGACGUACUGCGGGUUUCGUGCAGAUGCUGCUCCUCGACGGAUGCUACAUCCUUGGCAAGUUCGUGCUCCAUGACCUCUUACCCGUCAGGGCCAACGGUGCGGGGACGAGCCAGCAGCAGCAACAUGGUACUGGAAGCGCGAUGCAGAACAUGGAAUUGGUGCGCGACGUGUUCUACCGCCUGGAUAACCAGAUACCCUUCUGUGUCCUCCGCGCCAUCUACGGGGUGCUCCGUGAAUGUAGAACCACGCCGGGGGUGAUGGCGAGGGAGCUCGAUGAGACGUUGGCCGUCCAAGUCCAGGCACUUCUCAAACAUUUCGGAUACUCCAUUAGGAACCAAGUGCCCCGCGAGAUCUGGCACCUGCAUCACAUGCUGCACAAGCACUUCGUCCCACAGGACGAUCCUAUUCCUACCGGCGAUGCUGUUCGGCUGCCGGUCGACGUCGUCGACACCGGCCGGAGAUCAGCUACGGCAGCCGCCCCCACCUUGUACCGGUGGCGCGCAGCGACGUUCUACCAUGCCACCGGCGUGAUCUUCAUGAAACGCCACCUCCGCCACGGCGCCAGCAGCGGCGCGUGGCGCUGGUUCGUCGACGGCGGCGGCGCCCGCUCCGUUCUGGACGUGAAGUUCCAUCCGCUGACGCUGCGGCUGAGCAUCCCGCCGCUCAUGGUGGACAUGAACACGUCCACGGUCCUCCGGAACCUGAUGAUGCUGGAGCAGCACAACCCGAGCCUGGGGAGCCAGGUCACGGCCUACUGCUACUUCCUGUCGCAGCUAGCCGGCACGGCGAGCGACGUCGCGCUCCUCGCCAAGAAGGGGAUCAUCGUGAGCCUCCUGGCCAGCGACGGCGACGUCGCCAGGAUGCUCGGCGAGCUCUGCGUCGGCAUCACCAUCAACCCGGCCGACGAGCGCAGCCACAACUACCUGCUCGACACGAGGAAGGGCCUCGAACGUAUGUACAAGACCCGCGUGAUUAGGUGGAUAGCGCAGCUCUACCACCGCUACUUGAGCAAUCCGUUCGUGCUGACGGUGCUGGUGGCUGCCAUGGUUGGAUUUGUCUGUGAACUUAUACAGGCAAUCUAUGCAGUCAAGUCCUUCAAGCGCCGACCAUAACAUCUACAUGUGGAGCUGGCAAACCUUAAAUAUCGAA